CACUCUAAGACAUUUCAAAUUUUAAAAACCGUUUUUGAAUUUAUAUCAAAAGGAUUACUUCUUCCAUUUCCCAUUGAUAAACUGAAAACAAAAGUGUCAUGCAGUUAAUGACUUUGAUAACCAUAGUUUGGGGUAUCAUAUCUUGUCUGCAUAUUUCAAGAAUAAGCGCUCAAGAAUGUCCAGCUGACAGAUAUAAGCAAUGGGCUUAUAAUCCUUACUAUCCAAAUGGUCCUUUGAAUUGGAAGGAUACUUACUAUAAUUGUAAAGGCAAAAGCCAAUCACCAAUUAACAUAAUUACAAGCAUUGUUAAUAGGGGAAAAGGUCGUCAGUAUUUGAAGCUCAGAGGGUACGAAAUUCCUCUUACCAACGUGAAGAUAGAAAACAAAGGAUAUACAAUCGAAAUUACGCCAAGAGAUGGUAUUAAGCGAUCAAUUGAUCUCGACAAUGUUAGAUAUAAUUUGAAAAGCUUUCACUUUCAUUGGGGAAACCUUCAAACGGAAGGCUCAGAGCAUAAAAUCAACGGACGCCAAUACGCUAUGGAGGUUCAUUUUGUACACAAAAACGAUCAAGGUAAACUUGCAGUUGUUGGUGUUUUAUUUCAAGAGAGCAAUGUAAAAAAUCUGGCUUUGGAUGUAAUUUUAUCUGCAAGGGAUGAAUAUCUGUAUAAAGAUGAAACAUUUGAAGGAACUAUAAGGCAAAAGGGGAAGAUGGCCAAAAUAUAUCUGGAAGAUCUUGUUGACAAUGGGUGUUCUCUUUAUCGCUACAGUGGAUCCUUGACUACGCCACCCUGCACAGAGAAUGUCACAUGGUUGGUUUGCAAAGCAAUUAAAUAUGUUAAAAGAUCUCAAAUGAGAAAGCUGUUUUUAUUGUAUUCUGUAAGAAGGGGAACUGGCAAUAAAGAAACCUGCAUUCUUAUCAACAACCAUCGGAAUAUUCAACCAUUAAAUGGACGGAUUAUUUAUUCAUAAUUCAUAAACAGAUGCCAUUUGUAAUUAAUAUUUUUUUUAAAAAGUGUGCUUGUAGUCCUAUUCUGAAAAGUCUUCUUCAACGUUUCCAUAGAUGCCAACGUG